CGGCCUCUGCUGCAGUCGGUGUGAGCGGAGCAUCUGGAGGAGAGCUGGCCGGCUGGGAGGUGGUGGAGGACGGGGAGAGCGAAGCUGAAGGGGGAUCCGGGAGUCAGCGAAAACAAAAAAGGGGUCAGGCCUGGAACUUGGCGAAGCGGUCACUCGUCUGGCGAUGCCGUCCAACACAGUCGCCACCGCCGCCGCUGCAUUCAAGAGCUCCGACUUCAACUGUGACACGAAUGGAAAUCAAAUGAAUGAAAGCUCUAUGGAAACCAUGAUUAUUGACGAGAUGCCUUCACUCUGCACUCCUGUCCGCAAGGUUGGACGGCCCGGCCGCAAACGCAAGCACCUCCACGUAACGUGUUACGGGCCACUGAAUCAGCUGAUGGCUAAGCAGCACAAAGAGGCGGAGCUCCAGUCAUCUCUGCAGUCUCAGAAUGGAGAAGUUGAGAGGCAUGAAAACAAAUCGAUUGAAGGUCGCCACUCCACGCUGGACAAGAGAGAUGUGGAAAAUGGGCUCUUCUGCCAAUCGGGCUGUAAGGCAGAGUCCACUUCUGAUUCCAGCCUGAGCCCUUCCCUGGAGAACGGAUUUGUCAGCAGCCAGGACUCGGAGAAGUGCGACGAGGAGACACUGCCAACUCUGCCUCGCAAAAAACGAGGGAGACGGAAACUGGAGAGGCCGACUAAAUACGUGGAGCACAAGGAGGACGAGAGCGGGGACCCUUCAAAGAAUGAGGGAGCUCGAGGGAGGCUCCGUGGGGGAGUGGGCUGGGAAGUCAGCCUUCGUCAAAGACCCAUGCCCAGAGUAACCUUCCAAGCUGGUGACCCUUAUUACAUUAGCAGGAGGACCAGGGAGGAGUUGCUGGCCAAGUGGAAGUUGGAGUUCCCUACGUUGCAGGCAGAGAAGAAGGCGAAACUGGUGUCUGUGAUGAACUCAAUGGAGGACCAUGGCGAGGUAGAGUCGGAGCCUAAAAAAGACGUAAUCACCGUCCCGCUGCUCUUUCCCCCGCCGAUGCCACCAACGCCGCCAACUCCGCCAAUGCAGCAGCAACCACCGCAGCCUCAAGCUCAACAUCAGACCAACCUCAAACCCCAGCCUUCUCCUCAGCAGCAACCUCCACCAUUCCAGCAGCAGCAACAGCAGCAGCCCACAGAUCCAGCCUCUCCAACUGUUGCCACCACACCAGAGCCUGUGUCUAUAGGGGAUGGAGACAAGACCUCACCCAAGUCCACUGAGUCAGAAUACGAGGAUGGCCGAGGUUUUGGCAUUAACGAGCUAGUGUGGGGAAAGUUACGAGGAUACUCCUGGUGGCCGGGCCGGGUCGUAUCCUGGAGGAUGACUCGACGCAGCCCAGCAGCCGAAGGCACCAGAUGGGUUACAUGGUUUGGCGAUGGCAAGUUUUCUGUGGUCUGUGUUGAGAAACUGUUGCCUUUGAGUUCCUUCCACAACGCCUUUCACCAGCCAACCUACAAUAAGCAACCAAUGUACAAGAAAGCCAUCUUUGAGGUGCUACAGGUAGCCAGCACUAGAGCAGGCAAAACCUUCCUCUCUUGCCCAGCGAGCGACGACACUGACUCUUCAAAGUUAGUAGAUGUGGAAAAUAAAAAGAUGAUUGAAUGGGCCAUGUCUGGAUUUCAACCCACGGGACCUAAAGGCCUGGAUCCACCUGAAUCGGAGCCCUAUGAGAUGUGUGAGUGGGUGGAGCCAGAGGCGGCGUCAUACUUGCCCCCACCAGCCAAAAAGCCCCGCAAGAGCACAGUCACAGAGAAACCCAAGGUCAAAGAAAUGAUCGACGAGCGGACUCGAGAGAGGCUUGUGUUCGAUGUCCGUCAGAAAUGUAGAAACAUUGAAGACAUCUGCAUCUCCUGCGGCAGCCUGUAUGUUUCCCUGGAGCACCCGCUCUUCAUUGGAGGAAUGUGCCAGAGCUGUACGAACUGCUUUCUAGAAUGUGCGUAUCAAUACGAUGACGAUGGCUACCAGUCCUACUGUACCAUCUGCUGUGGAGGGAGGGAAGUGCUCAUGUGCGGAAACAAUAACUGUUGCAGGUGUUUCUGUGUAGAGUGUGUGGAUUUGUUGGUGGGUCCUGGUGCGGCGCAGGCAGCUAUUAAAGAAGACCCAUGGAAUUGCUAUAUGUGUGGACUGAAGACUCAGUAUGGCCUGUUGGAGCGCCGGGCUGAUUGGCCUUGCAGACUGCAGCACUUCUUUGCCAACAAUCACGACCAAGAAUUUGAACCACCAAGGCUCUACCCUCCGGUUUUGGCAGAGAACAGAAAACCCAUUCGCGUCCUGUCACUUUUUGAUGGGAUCGCAACAGGGCUGCUGGUUCUAAGGGAGCUGGGCAUCCAGGUGGAGCGUUAUGUGGCCUCAGAAGUGUGCGAGGACUCCAUCACUGUAGGCAUCGUCCGGCACCAGGGGCGCAUUAUGUAUGUGGGUGACGUGAGACAACUCACCCGAAAAAACAUCCAGGAAUGGGGUCCUUUUGAUCUGGUCAUCGGUGGAAGUCCAUGCAACGAUCUGUCCAUAGUGAAUCCAGCAAGAAAAGGUCUCUACGAGGGCACCGGUCGGCUCUUCUUCGAGUUUUAUCGGCUGUUACACGAGGCCCGACCUAAAGAAGGAGAUACCAGGCCGUUCUUCUGGCUCUUUGAGAAUGUGGUGGCCAUGGGCGUCAGCGACAAAAGGGACAUCUCUCGCUUUUUAGAGUGCAACCCAGUGAUGAUUGAUGCCAAGGAAGUGUCUGCAGCCCACAGAGCACGCUAUUUUUGGGGGAACCUGCCUGGCAUGAACAGACCAAUGUCUGCCAUGUGCACUGAUAAACUGGAUCUUCAAGACUGUUUGGAGCAUGGCAGGACAGCUAAGUUUGGUAAAGUGCGGACCAUCACUACUCGGUCGAAUUCCAUAAAGCAGGGGAAAGACCAGCAUUUUCCUGUUUUCAUGAAUGAUAAGGAGGACAUCCUGUGGUGCACUGAGAUGGAGAGGGUGUUCGGCUUUCCUGUCCAUUACACAGACGUGUCGAACAUGAGUCGUCUGGCCAGGCAGAGGCUGCUGGGACGGUCGUGGAGCGUCCCGGUCAUCCGUCACUUGUUUGCACCACUCAAAGAGUACUUCGCCUGCGUCGGAACUUAAACUCAGCACAGAUGAGAAAAAAUCGAAAUAUGAUUUAACACCAAGAGCAUCAAAACCAAGCUCUUAUCUGUUAUUUGCAACAUCUAAAACGGUAUUUCAUGUUGGGUUUCUAUUUUCAUCAUUCUGUUUUGGAAUAAUUGACUCUUUUUUUUUUUUUUUUUUAAUUCUAUUUAAUUUUUAAAAUAAUUAUUCUUUGACUUUUUAGCAGUGUUAUCCGGUAUUUGGUUUAUGUGUGAAAGCUAUACUUGAGACAUGGCCUCCUUUUAAAGGCACUGAAAGAUGACGUAACACUUCAAAGCAGAAGCGAGGAAUUUAAGAGCAUUUCUCCCAAACAUUUUUUGUUUUAUCGACUGUAGGGUCGCAAGAUCCAUCUCAUUCUACAACGGUGCACGUAUUUCCUCUCCUCCAAGCAUUUGAGCCUCGGAGAGAGCAGGACUUUUUUUAUUUUUCCUCUUCAGUGUCAGGAGAGCUCUGUCUUAACCAAUCCAAAACACCAGUUCACAAAUACCUCUUUGUUUACAGUUUCUAUAUUCAACUGAAGGUAAAAAAAAGGUACUACUGUAAUAGGUGACAACAUGGUGCUUCAAGGUGGUGAAAAACAUUGCAACUCAUGUGGUGCUACUACUCGAAAAAAAAAACUGAUCACGAGGGUCAAGUUUUGUAUUGUUGUCAGGUUAAACGAAUGACUGAAACCUUGAGAAAAAGAGAAAAAGAAACAAAUAAAUGACAAAAAAAAAAAAUAUUACAGGUCAAGCCAGGUCUGCCACAUCUCAUUUUAUAUAUCUUUUACAGUCUUUUUGUACAAUAUUCUCUGGUGCUCUUUUCAAAAAGAAAAAAAAAAAAACAACGACACCUCAGCCUUUCAAUCCUUGAGGUCUGCUUCCUUCAGUAUGCCUGCAAACCAGCCACAUGGGCGGUGAUGUUUUUUGUCAUCCAUACCUUGAAAUCAAAGGCUGUGGGGUGCUACUUUUUUUCUAGUGUCGCCCAGGCUCGAAUCAUUACUGUACAACUUUUAGCAUACGCGACGGGUACUGAACGAACGCCGAUGGUCUACUAUCGGCCAAGUGAAUUGGCGUUCGCCUGAGCCGUCCGUAAGCUAUUCUCAGUCAGGUGCAAAAUUUCAAAGGUGCGGCUUCACAAUGUUCUUCUACCUUUUUAAAGCAAUUUUUUGUGCUGCGUUACCAACAAUAUCGAGCACUUUUGUAUAUGUAUACUUCUUUAUUUCAGUUUUUUUUUUUUGUUGUUGUUGAAAUCCUUUUUUCCUUGAUUAUCGUGAAUCGUUCUCUUUUGUUUCUUGUUUUUGAUUAUGUUAUAUUGAUGUGAAACCAUUAUAUAAGGUAAUACUUUGUUGUGUACAGUAGGGCUGUGCCAAUAGAUGUGAACGAAUGAGCUAGGAUAGGAAAAAAAUCCAUCUGUCGUGCUGGUGGUGAAGGGGCCGAAUUUCGAAUAGCUCCCCUCUCAUGUUUCCAUGUGCUACAGAGUCGCUUUAUCAUAAGUCACGUCGCGAAAUAGUGUCUGCUCACCGCUAUAUAAUCCCAAAGUGAGUGUGUUUGUUCAAUAUCCCUGUAGGAAAAGUAGUCGUAUGGGGUGUCAGUGGGACAUCGCUUACUGCGUCUGGUCCCUAUAGCAGCGUAGAUCUAAAAACAUUAUUAUGUUUGCCAAUGGUGGAUGUUGACCAUGUCAAUAAUUUAGUUAUCACGCAAGCUUAUAUAGGCUAAAUUUGUGAAUUUGAUGAUUAGAAACAGGCUCUAUAAUGAAAUCCUCUUUUGUUUAUUUAAGGCAUUGCACUGCUUACAUACCUUAACAUUUGUCAUGUUUUCCAAAUUUUAUAUUCAUGCCCAGAUUUGUUUCUUUUUGUACAUUUUGUACAUAGAAAUUGUCUGUUGCUUUUUUUUAAUGACCUAUGAGAUGUACAAAUAUAAUUCUUUGCUAAUAUAUAUCAUUGAAUCAAAACAAAAAGAGGGGGGGUAAUUGACAGAAUGGCAACAGGCUAAUUGACGAGCUAUAAAGCAGCGCAUGUGUUUUGUAAUUCGUAUUUAUAUGUGGGAUAAAACUAAAGCCAGCAGACACACAACGUCAUAAGACGUUAACAUUAGGUUAGAUUUAGGUUGCCAGCAUUUAAGGACAACGUUAUUUUGAUGUCCAACAAUGACGUGAAAUGACGUUGAUAUUUGGUUGAUUUAGGGUUGUGUUGGAAAGUGACCAAAACCUUAUAUCUAGCCAGCGUCUAGGGAAAACAAUAUUUUGACGUCCAAUAACGACGUCAAACGAUGUUGAUAUUUGGUUGAUUUUAGGUUGUGUUGGAAAGUGACCAAAAUCUAAUGUCCAGCCAGCAUCUAAGGACAACGUUGUUUUGAUGUUCAAUAACGAUGUCAAAUGACGUUGAUAUUUGGUUGAUUUUAGGUUGUGUUGGAAAGUGACCAAAAUCUAUUGUUCAGCCUGCAUCUAAGGACAACAAUAUUUUGACGUCCAAUAAUGACGUCAAAUGACAUUGAUAUUUGGUUGAUUUUAGGUUGUGUUGGAUAGUGACCAAGAUCUUAUGUCUAGCCAGCAUCUAAAGACAACGUUGUUUUGAUGUUCAAUAACGAUGUCAAAUGACGUUGAUAUUUGGUUGAUUUUAGGUUGCGUUGUAAAGUGACCAAAAUCCAAUGUCUAAACAGCGUCUAAGGACAACGUUAUUUUGAUGUCAAUUGAUGUUGAUAAUUGGUUGAUAUUAGGUUGUGUUGGAAGGUGAUCAAAAUCCAAUGUCGAGCCAACAUCUUAAUUCAUAUUGACGUUAAACACUAACAUUUAUUUGUUAGGUAUUGCAACCAAAAUCCAACGUCUGAUAGUCGUCAUUGUGGUAACGUCCACACGUCAAGCUGUAACGUCAUUAGAUGUUGAUAUUUUGUUGCCUUUAGGUUGGACGUUGGACAUUGACGUCGGUCUGACAUUGGGUUCUGACUUCAACCCAAUUUUCAUUUCCAAACAAAAUACGUCAUCUCUUUUUGGUACAACGUCAAUCUGACAUCAUGUUGACAUCUUGUGCCUGCUGGGAAAGGAUGAGUUCUCUAAGUGAUUUUAACAGUCCCAUCUUUACUGCACAGCCCUACAUACAAAAGCGUGUUUCAAUUUGCUUUUUUGAUUCUUUUAAAGAGAGGGAUUGUAGGUGUUUUCCUAAGGUGCUAAACAUUUUAUCUAAUUGAGAAAAAGUAUAUUAUUUGGAAAAGAAAUAAACUUGUCUUGAUAAUGAUAAUUUUUUUUCUCUUUCGUUUGUUUCUUGUAGUAUUGGAGAAGCACUAUUAUUUACUCUCUCGUAUAAAGAUAUUAACAAAGGCAUUUUAAAUUUGUACUUGAAAAAAAUAAUGACAAAUGAUGAAAGAUUCUUAUAUUGUUUUAGAAUAGACAUUGCUGUAGUUGGUGCUUAUCUGUGGGAAAUCAUGUACUCAUAAUGGGAAAAAAUGAAAUAAAAAACUUGUAAUAAAUUUUGCUGUUAACAUGUACUUGCUUAAUAUCCAGGCAGAAUUGCUUCAAAGUCCUACAUUCCAUGCCAUGUAUUCAGCCCUCCAUUCUCUUUUGUUUCAUAGUUUUUUACAAUUUGAUUUCCUCUCUUCUUUUUAUGUUCAGUUUAAUUUGCUUUGUUUGAGUUUAUAUAUAUAUGAAUAUAUUUGGCUGUAACAGCCUCUUGUUUUCUCUCCUGACAGGUUUUCUGUAUAUCUCAGUGACACUAUUGAUAUUUGUGACCUUUGUUGUAUCAUACAAACCAUUUUUCAGGCCUUCUAUUCUUUUGCAAUCUGCUCAUACAGCAAAUGUAGCAAUCAUCCGCCACCUCUCCCCCUUUUAUGUACCCAGAACGAAGAAAAAAUGGCUCCUUAUGUACUUGUGCUGGAGAACACUUGAAUAAAUGUAUUGUUUUUUUGUGAGAAA